AUCAAUAAUUUUGACUGUGACUUUAGAGAAAAUCCGAAAAAUAAAGUAAAUUUGUGUUUGGUGAGUAAAAUACUGAGAAAUCAAGUCAUGAAAAAAGAUUGGGGCCUAUAUUUAUUAUGACUAAAAAGCCAUUUUUUGACAUCUUGUGAACUUUAGUUGUUGAUUCGUCAAUAUCUCGAAGAAACAUUUUUGUCAUAACGAAUGGUUGAUAGUUGAUUGGAAAUUUUGAAUUUAUUUCUACCUAGUAGAACUCACUUUUUGAAUAAAAUGAGUUGGGGUUUCUUCAACAAACGAAAAGGGAUUGUAAUAAAGUCAAAUGUGGACAAAAAAGACAAAGAAUUUGAUAAAGAAAUUGAGAAAUGUAAUGAACUUGAAGUAAGCACUAAAAAACUUUACAAAGGAAUGAAACGUUGUAAUGAAGCACUUGAAGAACUAAGGAAGAUGGAAUCAAAAUUAGCUCAAGAUUUAUCUUCAAUGCCUUUGGAUGACAAUCCAGAUCAACUAAAAUAUGCUGAAGGUUUUGUAAAAACUGCUAAAAAUAUUGAUACAUAUGGGUUAGAGCUUGAGAAAAACAUCACAAAUGUCACCAUUGAACCUCUGAAAAGCUUUCAUGGGAUAUUUCCCAGAGUCAGUAGUGGCAUAAAGAAACGUGAACAAUGUUACCAAGAAUACUUGAGACUGAAAGGAAAAGUUGAAAAAUAUGAAGAGAAAGAAAAAAAUGCUUUAAAUAAGGGUAAACUCGAACAGUAUGAAAGGGAACUGGAGAAAGCUAAGAUUGAUUUUGAAGCUCAAAAUUCUCUCAUGUUGAAUGGGUUGCCUCAGUUAAGAGAAGGAAGGAUUACAUACUUUGAUCCUUGUUUUGAAGCUCUACAAAAAUCACAAGUUGACUUCUACAGUAAAUGCUGUCAAGCUUAUGGAGAUUUGGUUGAAACAUUAGAUGAGAAUAGUUCAUAUGGUGAUGAUAUACAAGACAUGCUCAAAGAUUUAAGAUCAUUGUCUAUCAUAGGAAGUGAAUAAAACUAGAAGGUACUUGAUGUUUGGGUAUUUUAUAUGACAUUACAAAGCUUUGCCGAUACCGGUCUAUUUCUCAUGUUUGGAUGGCAAUAAUUUUUUAUAUAAUUUGUGCCUGUAAAUACUCUGCUAUUUGAUAUUUGAUAUCUGAAACCAUGAAGUAUGUGUGAUGUUUGUUCCAGAAAUGUGGCUUGAGCAAUCUUCUGGAACCAUUAAUAAACUCAAAAUUGAAAUCAAAUCUGUUUUGCUUUUUAGCAGUUAAAUGUUGUACUUAAAAUUCAUAUUAUAAGUGAUUACAGUUUGUCAAAAUAAAUAGUUACUUCUUAUUUUUAAAUUCAAAGUACAUUCAGAAGAACACUAUUGGUUUUGAAUUUCUAAAGAAUAUGGAUUUGCCUCUAAGGUGCUUAAAAAUGUAAAUAUACGUAUGCCAAAAUGUGCUACAGUAAUUAAUUUUGAUGUACACUAGAUCCACCUCUGAGUAAUUAUAUUUUAAUUUGACUUCUAUGUAUUUAGAUCCAUGUGAUCUCCUUAUUUAGAUAGUUUAUUUGUAUGAUGUUACAUAGCUGAAGUCUUGCUUUGCUUGUAGGUCUCAUCUUCUUAAUUUUGUAUCAAUUUCUACAAAAGUUGUAGUCUUUCUUUAUUUCACCAAUUCUUAUUUGUUAACAUGUUUACCGUAAAUGAAUAUGAUAUUUGCAAUAAAUCAAAUCAAUUAUUUAUUUUUUUUAA